AUGUUUGGUGCUGUGUUUCUGUCCUUAGGCUGGCUGAUGCUGCAGUUAGCUGAUGGGGAACUGGAUCACAUCUCCCAGGGACAGGGGAUGCAACUGAAGGGCGACUUCUCCAUCGCUGGAUUCUUUCCUCUCCACUACGCAGAUGAAUCAACUAGUGGUUUGCCUGCUUUGGGUCAAUGCAAUAAAGGUAUAGCCAACCAACAUGGAUAUCAUCUGAUGCAAGCCAUGAGAUUUGCUGUGGAAGAAAUCAACAACAACACCGGACCACAUCCUCUUUUACCAGGAGUGACCCUGGGCUACCAGAUGUACGACAUCUGCUCGAAAUCAGCCAGUAUCCUGGGCGCACUGGACCUCCUGGCGCUUCAGAGUCCAGACUACAACAACAGUCAAAGUCCUGUGGGUUUGGUUGGGCCUGACAGCAGCAGCAACACGUUUACCCCUGCUACUUUAUUGGGGGCCUAUCUUGUACCACAAAUCUCUUAUGAAGCAUCGAACGAAUUGCUGAGCAACAAGUUCCGCUAUCCCUCCUUUUUCCGCACAAUUCCCAAUGACAAGAACCAGGUGGCAGCUAUGAUCCAGCUGUUGAUUCGUUUCAACUGGACCUGGAUUGCUAUUAUAGCCAGUGACAACGCCUAUGGCCUGCAGGGAAUGCAGACCCUGUCCCAGGAAGCACCAAACUACGGCAUCUGCAUCGCCUACCAAGGAGUCCUCCCAGUCCCCAGUGACAAGACCCAGACCAUGAGGAACGUUGUGGAAAGCAUACUGAGGACCAAAGUCAACACCAUUGUGGUUUUCUCCAGCAAGACAGUAGUCAAGAACUUCUUCCCGUUUGUUAUUGAGAAGAAGGUGACAGAUAAGGUGUGGGUUGGGUCGGAGGACUGGGUAGCGUCUUCUCUUGUAUCAGGGUUACCUGGGAUCCACACCAUCGGCACUGUGCUCGGCGUGUCCAUCAAAUAUGCAGCCAUAUCUGGUUAUGAGGUGUUUGAGAGAAAGGUAUAUGAGGCUUCAAAGCACGCCAGUGACAAACAGGAAGCCUCAAACUCAAGCAAUACUUGUCUACAGAGCACCGACCUGUACACCCUCGCCAGGAUGAAUUUCCCCCUGGAGAAAUACGACAUCACUUCCUCCUUCAAUGUGUAUACGGCGGUGUAUGCUUUGGCUCAUGCUCUGCACCAAGCACUUGACUGUGACUUUGGAGAGUGCCAAAAGAGGACGGUGUAUCCGUGGGAGCUUCUCUUGUGGCUUAAGCAAGUGCGAUUCAAUCUGGGAAAUACCUCUGUGUACUUUGAUGAGAAUGGUGACCCGCCGACAGGAUAUGACAUAGUUUUCUGGAUUUGGAGAGGGAUGAACAUGACUCUCAGAGAGGUGGGCACCUUCAGCCCAGAUCCCAUUACGCUCACACUAGAUACUAAUCUAAUUGAGUGGCACACAGAACAUUCAAGAACAGUGCCCCUGUCCAUCUGCUCUCCACCUUGCCCGAGAGGCCACAGAAAGUUGCAGACGGGGCAACACGCAUGCUGCUUCGACUGCGAGGCCUGUCCCCCUUCCACGUUCCUUAAUUUAAGUGAUCCCACUAAUUGCCAGGAGUGUCUGCCUGAGCAGUGGUCUCCAGAGAGCAGCGAGCAGUGUCUCAACAGGACCGUCCUGCUGCUCGCCUGGGACAACCCCCUUUCCAUUGCCCUGCUCUUCUUUAUGGCCAGCUGUGUUCUCAUGACCUCCAGCUCUGCAAUAAUCCUCCUGAUCAACCUGAACACGCCUGUCGCCAAGUCUGCCGGAGGCCGCACCUGCCUCCUGAUGCUGGCAGCCCUGACUGCCGCUGCCAUGAGCUCUUUGUGCCAUUUUGGCCGUCCGUCCCCUCUGGCCUGCAUCCUCAAGCAGCCUCUAUUCAUUUUCAGCUUCACUGUGUGCCUGGCCUCCAUCACUGUGCGCGCCCUCCAGGUCGUCUGCAUUUUUAAAUUUGCAUCCAAGCUGCCGCCGGCCUAUGACAAGUGGACCAAAAACCACGGGCCAGAGUUCACCAUUUUCCUGGUGUCCGUCACCAUCUUGCUCAUAUCUGUGCUCCAUGUGGCCAUCACCCCUUCCCAGCCAUCCCAGGAUCUUGACUUUUACACAGACAGCAUUGUGAUAGAGUGCAGUAACACCCUCUCAGGUGGUUCAGGCCUUGAGCUUGCAUAUGUUGCACUGCUCAGCAUCCUCUGCUUCUCUUUCAGCUACAUGGGCAAAGACCUGCCAGCCAACUACAAUGAGGCCAAGUGUGUCACCUUCAGCCUCAUGGUGUACAUGAUCUCCUGGAUGAGCUUCUUCACUCUCUACCUUAUCAGCAGAGGGCCCUUCACCGUGGCCGCACAAGUGUUUGCCAUACUCUUCAGUGUCCUGGCCUUCCUCGGGGGCUACUUCCUGCCCAAAAUUUAUAUUAUUGUCCUGAAGCCACAAAUGAACACAACUGCCCAUUUCCAGAAUUGUAUUCAGAUGUAUACCAUGAGCAAAUAA